AUGGUUUGCAACAAUCUCUCCUUUCUCACCUUCGUUCUUCACCUUCUCGGUGACGGGAAGGAUGAAGAACUUCCAUCGCCAUCGGAUUUGAUAGGAUGCAAAUCGUGGAGCAGAGAAGGGAGUGGAGGAGGGAAGGAAAUGGUUGAUCUGGGGAGAGAGAAGGGACGAGAGGUGAAGAGAGUGGAGGAGAGGGAGAAGGUGGGUCGGGGAGGUGAAGAUGGACGAGUGGAUCGGACAAGGAUGGCUCGGGAAGUGGAUGCUGAACUUGAACAACAUGUACAAGAACUGAAGGAAGAAGUGAGAAGAAUGCUAAUGACAUCACUUGAAAAUGUUUCCCAAAAGCUGAACUUGAUUGAUGACAUUCAGCGCUUAGAUUUUGUUGGUCAUGCAGACUUAUUCAACAAGUUCAAGGACGGUAAUGGAAAUUUCAAGGGAUCACUCGUUGAUGAUGUUGUAGGACUACUAAGCUUGUAUGAAGCCACACACCUUAGGAUACAUGGAGAGGAGAUACUAGAUGAGGCGCUAACCUUCACCACGACUAAUCUCGAAUCGGCGACAUUCCGUUUAAGCCCCCCCUCCCCACUUGCAAAAGCAGUAACCCACGCCUUAAAUCAGCCGCUUCUAAAGGGUCUACCAAGGGUUGAAGCAAGGUAUUACUUGUCAGUCUACCAGGAACUAAGAGAAUCACCGAAUGAAACUCUCCUAAAGUUCGCCAAGUUGGAUUUCAACCGACUGCAACGAGUCCAUCAGAAAGAACUAAGCGAAAUCACAAGGUGGUGGAAGAACUUGGACGUGCCAAACAAGCUACCUUUCGCAAGAGACAGAUUGGUUGAGGUCUACUUCUGCUGGGGUUUGACAGUCGACUUUCAGCCCCAAUAUUCCUUUGCUAGGAGGAUAUCAAGCAAAGUUACUGCUAUAAUAUCCCUUAUCGAUGACAUUUAUGAAUAUGGCACAAAUGAACAACUGGAGCUCUUUACUGAAGCUAUUGAGUCGUGGGAUGUCUCAGCCAUAGAUCAACUACCAGAGUAUAUGAAAGUCUGCUAUCGGGCGUUGUUGGACGUAUAUACUGAAAUUCAUGAAAAGCUUGCGCACGAUGGGAAAUUAUAUCGCAUCCACCAUGCAAGAGAAGCGAUGAAAAAAGUAGUUAGAGGCUACUUCGAUGAAGCCAAAUUGUUCCGCCAGAAGCACAUGCCAUCACUGGAUGAAUACAUGUCUGUAUCACUCGUGACCGGUGGCUGCCUGUUACUAAUAACCACAUCCUUUGUUGGAAUGGAAGAAGCUACAAUAGACUCCUUUGAUUGGUUAUUAACUUCCCCUCCAGUAGUGAAGGCUACGUCAACAAUUCAGAGACUCAUGGAUGACAUAGCGGAACACAAGUUUGAGCAAGAGAAAGAACAUUUUAUCGGUGUUGUGAACUGUUACAUGAAGAAAUAUGGGGCCACAGAAGAAGAAGCGAUAACCGAACUUCAAGGACAAGUGAAUAAUGCAUGGAAGGACAUAAACGAAGCGUGCCUCCACCCUACUGCUGUCCCCAUGCCCCUGCUAAUUCGUUUUCUCAAUUUUGCUCGGGUCAUGGAUGUUGCGUACAAGCAUGAAGAUGGAUACACUAAUGCUAAGGGUGUGGUAAAAGAUCUUAUAAUUUCUACACUAGUAGAACCCGUAGCUUUAUAAGCCUAAAAUAUCGACUUAUUGUGAUGUUUCUUUUGAAAGUAUAAUCUCCAGUGCCCAAGUUGCCUACAAAAAAAUAAGGAGCUACUAUCCGUUAAGACUGUAAAAAUGUAAUUUGGGUUGUUCCUUUGCUUUCCAUUUUAUGAUUCUAUCAAUAAAACAACAACU